AUGGCGGCACCGCCGGGGGCCGCGCCCCCUCACCGCACUUUUGCUGAUAUUCUAUCGAAAUCAUCUGAAUCCUCGCCUCUCCGGCCGCCGAGGCGUUAUAAGGGUAUGCCCGCGGUCUCCUUCUCAGACGACGACGUACAACAAUUCUCUGAGAAGUUUCGUUUUGCACUAGUAGGCAAAUUCGCAAAAAGUCGCCCGCCGAUGGCUGAUCUUCGCAAGACUUUUGACCAAAUUGGCUUUGGUGGCGCCUUCACUCUAGGCCUGAUCGAUCAGAGGCACAUUCUGAUAAACUUUGAUCAUGAGAUCGAUUUCCAGCGCUGCUGGCUUCGAAAGACAUGGUCGAUCAAGGGAUCCCUCAUGCGAGUCUUUCGCUGGACGCCAGAUUUUCGCCCGGAUGUUGAGUCUCCCAUUAUUCCUGUUUGGCUAGCGUUGGAAGGCUUGCCGGCUCAUCUCCACGACAAGCGGGCCAUUUACUCGAUUGCUAAUCUGGUGGGCAACCCCCUUAAAGUCGACACCUCCACCUUAGUACCUAACCGCCCGUCGGUAGCUAGGGUGUGUGUGGAGCUCAACGUAAGUUUACCUCUCGUCGAACAAGUCUGGAUCAAUAAUGGCUCUUACGGAGGUUUUACGCAGAGGAUAGUCCAUGAAUUUGUACCACCAUAUUGCUUGGGGUGCCGAAAAUUUGGGCAUCAGGACUCAGAAUGCCGUUCUCAAUCUUCAAAUUCAUCGUGA